AUGCCAGGAGGAAGAGCAAGAUAUCAAAUAGAUUACAUAUUAGUAAGAAAUAGAUAUAAAAACCAAGUAAAAAAAUGCAAAACUUACCCAGGCGCGGACAUUAACAGUGAUCACAAUCUAGUGUUAAUGGAAACAAACUUAAGCCUGAAAAGAAAGAAACCCAACGAAAGUACAAAAAGAAAAUGGUGCAUGGAUAAACUAAAGAAUGAGGAAAUAAGAAGUGAUUUCAAUGAAGAAUUAAAUAAUCUAUUACAAGAAGCAAAUAGCAAUAAGAACCAGGAUAAUGACAAAGUCGAAUGGGAAAAAUUAAGGGAUACGAUGACAAAAGCAGCGGAAAAACAUCUCAAAUUCACUAAAGAAAUGCCUACGAAACCAUGGAUAAACAACGAAAUUAUAGAUCUCAUUGAAAAACGAAGAAAAUACAAAAACGCGGUUAGUGAAGAGGGAAUAGCAGAAUAUAAAAAGUAUAGAAACUUGGUCAAUAGAGAAGCGAAGAAAGCCAAAGAGGAAUGGUUAAACAAUAUAUGCAAAGAUAUUGAUUCCUGCCUAAUAAAAGGCUUGAGUGAUAAAGCGUACAAGAACAUUAAACGAUUUUUUAGAGAAUUCAAAGAUAAAACCACUAUACUUAGAGGAACAGAUGGUAAAAUAAUCACUGAAGGGAAAAAAAAGUUAGAAGUAUGGAAACAAUAUAUUGAAAAGUCAUAUGGAAAUGAUAAUAUAAAUGCGGGACAAUGGGCCAUAGAAGAAGAAGACGCAGAGCAAGAAAAUAUAGGACAACCCAUUUUGAAAGGGGAAUUUGAGACAGCACUAAAUGAGUUGAAACACAACAAAGCUACAGGCAUAGACAACAUAAGUGGAGAAAUAUUAAAAGCAUUGGAAGGCCAAGGAAAGGAGAUAUUAUUUAAAAUAAUAUAUGAUGCAUAUGAAAAAGGGCUAGUCCCCAAAGAUUUCGAGAAGUGCCUAAUGAUAGCAUUACCGAAAAAAAAGAAGUCAGAAAAAUGUGAAGAUCAUAGAACCAUAAGUCUAAUAACACAUGCAUCGAAAAUAUUAACAAAGAUAAUACACAAAAGAAUAGAAGCAAAAAUAAGUGUCAAUCUAGAGGAAGACCAAUUUGGUUUUAGGAGGAAUAGGGGAACCAGGGAGGCUAUACUAUGCUUAAGGAUGAUCAUGGAAAAGAUGUAUAGAGUAAACAAGCCUAUGUAUAUAGCCGUUCAUUGA